GAAACACUACAUAAACCGCGUUUCACAACUGAUUUCUUACUAAAAAUGGCAACGUUGCUGACUACAGUGUGCCAGAUUCUGGCACUGGUGUGCUUCAUCCAAGUAUGUGCAGGCGAAAAAAAAUGGGAUGACCUUAGUGUCAGGUUUGAUCUCUUCAAAUCCAGAGGUUUCCAUCGCAUCCCCACAUCCACAAGCGACCGCAUGAUCAAGGACUACGUGAAGGUUGAACCAGAAGCAGAUUUCAAACUACCCGUCGAUUUCUACUGCUACCCCAACGAUCCUAGGGCUUGCUUCAUGUUCGACAAGAAAGGAAACGUAGUAGGAGUACAAACCUCGUUCAUCAAGGCUGAUGUUGCAAAUGUAGAUCCUGCUGAUUACGACUACAACGCCGUCCUGCAUACUUACAAAGAGACGAAUUUCUUUGGAAUCCCAGCUUACAGUUUCAGAGCCUACAUGACCAAUCCAGAAAAACUUACCGAAAAUGGACGUGACGCCAAUGGCGAAAUCGGAGAUGGUCUCUGGGUUUACAUCAAAGGUGAACUGAUUGAGAUCCCAAGAAAAAUGCCAGAAGGUGACAGAUUUGGUGAUUUCUACAAGCAAGGGUGCUUGAGAUCUAUGGGUCGUCACUUCUUCUACAAGGUAGACAAAAACCUGAAGGAUUGCAGAGAGAACUUCGCUCUCUUCCCACUCUACGAAGACGGAUACCUCGUAGGAUACGGUUUGGCUACACCAGGAACAGCAACAGCUGGUAAACGCCGGGACUGGUACGAAUACCCACCAAAGCUAGCUCUAAGUAUCAUCACACCUAACAGGCCACAAUGCUUGGACGACUUGGCUAGCAAGUACGGCCAGACUUCGAUGCACGUCUACUUCGUGAAGAGGCCUUGGGACAUCUCCUGCAACUGCUUUGAUAAGCUCAUCAAUAUACUCACAGACUGGAUUCCAUUUUAAUAAUAACCGUCAGUAACUUAUUUAUCCUGUCAAAUAAAUGAAUUUGAAU